UAAUUUAGUUAAAUUUUUAAUCGAAUGUGUUCACGUGAAACCCCAAUAAUGUCUCAUGCACAAGUGGGUCCAAAAGCCAGCCAUCCUUUUGUUCCCAUGCCUAACUCCAGCUCUCAAGAAUCUCCUCUAUUUCCCUCCCUUCUUUAACUUCACUCUCUAAUUUUCUCUUUCUUUUUCUCUCUACUUUCAUUAAAAUUCUUCAUAAAAAUGAGGCAAUUAAGAGGACUUUCACCAUUAAUUACCUCACUAAUUCUUCUUAUAAUCUUCAAUGUUGCAAAGUGUUCUCAAGAUAAUAAGAAGAUAUUCAAUAUCCACAAAUUUCAAAGAAAUAAACACCACUCUCAAAAUGCCAUUUCAAGUUGUUUUCACCUCAAAUCAAGAAGAGAGGAAGAUUCAACAACCCUGGAGAUGAAGCAUCGAGAUUUUUGUUCAAGAAAAAAUAGUCAUGAUCUAAACAAGAGUCUUCAAGAACGUGUAAUUUUGGAUAAUGAUCAGGUUCAGUUUCUACAAUAUAGGAUGAAAAACCUCAUCUCGGGUGAACUUCAAACCCUUUCAAGCACCCAAAUGCCUCUGAGCUCUGGUAUGAGGCUCGAAAUCUUGAACUAUGUGAUCACUAUGACGCUUGGUGGAAAGAACAUGACAGUGAUAGUGGAUACUGGAAGUGACUUGACUUGGGUGCAGUGUAAACCAUGUAGCUUAUGUUAUAAUCAACUAGAACCCAUUUUUAAUCCUGCGACUUCUCUGUCAUACCAAUCGAUUACCUGCAAUUCUACAGCUUGUAGAUUGCUGCAGGAAACGACUGGGAAUCAGGUAGCUUGUGAUUUUAAUCCAUCAGCCUGUAAUUAUUAUGUUAGCUAUGGUGAUGGGUCUUAUACUCGUGGUGAACUAGCAACAGAACGCCUUGAUAUAGGAAAUUCUCAUGUAGAUAAAUUUGUUUUCGGGUGUGGUAGGAGCAACAAAGGUCUGUUUGGCAGUGCUUCAGGUCUGAUGGGAUUGGGAAAGGGUAAUUUAUCAUUGAUUUCUCAAACAUCUGAGUUAUAUGGUGGAGUAUUUUCCUAUUGUUUACCUUCCACGGACGAAGGCAAAUCAGGAUCACUUACCUUAGGAGGAAAUACUUCAGUAUAUAGAAAUACUACUCCCAUUUCCUACACUCGAAUGUUCCAAAAUCCUCAGCUUUCUUCUUUCUAUAUGCUUAACCUAACAGGUAUAGGCGUAGGUGGUGUGCAUUUAUACACUUCAAGUGUUCAACAAAAUGGGAUUUUGAUUGAUUCAGGAACGGUGAUCACGAGGCUUCCUCCAUCAAUUUACAGGGCUUUAAAGGCCGAAUUUGUGAGACAGUUUUCUGGAUUUCCAUCAGCCCCAUCAUUCUCAAUCCUGGACACAUGUUUCGACCUGAGCUCAUACAAGGAGGUUAAAAUUCCUACUGUGAAGCUGCAGUUUGAAGGAAAUGCAGAACUAAAUGUAGACGCGAAUGGUGUGUUUUAUUUAGUAAAAUAUGAUGCAUCUCAAGCGUGUCUAGCAUUUGCUAGCCUCGCAUAUGAGGAUGAGAUUGCGAUAAUAGGGAAUUAUCAGCAAAAAAACAGUAGGAUCGUAUAUGAUACAAAACUCUCUCAAGUAGGAUUUGCAGAAGAAGAAUGUAGUUAUUGAGUAGCUGGAACGUUCAGUGUUUGUUUGUGUAUACUGUAUACAGCUUGUCAGCAACUCGCUGAGAGAAUCGUAGCUGUGUUAAAUCUGAUAGUUGUCUCCUCGGAUUAGGAGUAUGAUCAGCUGAGAAAUUGUAUACUUUUCAUUUGUUACAGUAGAUUUCAAUCUUAUGUAAGGGUAAAAGGUGCCCAUCAUUUUAAUCUGCCAAACUUAGCAGAUUUAUUAAGAAUGUAUAUGUUAAGAUUGAACAUUUAUUUAGCCUCUCCCUAAAAGCCGCUAUAUAACCUAU